AUGUCCACGCACGUUUCGAGCAGUUUGAUGGAAGAGGCAAGCGAUGCUCGGACAACGAAGCUCAAGCGGGAGUAUGCUUUGGAGGAAUCGCGCGUCAAUGGACCAAAAUUCAAGAAAUUCGCAACUCUGAGCAGAACAUUACAUGAUCGAAACAUUCAUUUUAAUGCAUUGAUUUGGCUAUUCAUUGAGCCUUUCGUAGGCACAGGCUCUUCUAAACCUUACACUUACAUCCAAGCUAGCUGGCUCGGCAAAAGUGGCGCUUUCGGUAAUCACGAGUUUGUCAGCGGCAUAGACAGUUUAUUGCAUUUUCUUCGAAACGUCACUUUCCCCGUUUUGAGUGCUAACAUCGACGCCCAAAACGUCCCAGAAAUGCAAGGGAUGUAUCAAAAGUCCAUGGUGCUGAAUGUGAAUGGGGAACAGAUAGGAAUUGUGGGUUACGUGUUCAGAUACACGCCUCUAGUUUCAAACCCAGGCACUCCUCCGUCGACGGAGCAACCCGAUGGUGUGUAUCCUACUGUGUUGAGAAGAAGAGGAAGCAAUGUGCUGAUAGUCACAGAUUUCAUGUUUGCCAAAUAUCUAGGUUACCUACAAGUAACUUUUGACGAAGCAGGUGAACUGACGUCAUGGGGUGGUAAUCCAAUCUUAUUGGAUGAAAAUGUUACACAAGACAGUGGAAUAUUAACUGAGAUGCAACCAUGGAAACAACGUGUGGUCGAUUUAGGUCAAACAAAGAUCGGAACCACUUUGGUCGAGUUAAACGAUGUUAUUUCUUGUCGUAGAAAUGAGUGUAGUUUAGGGAACCUCAUAGCAGAUGCAUUGGUGUACAAGUAUCUGAAACCCAAUGACGGAACAAGGUGGACCAAUGCCUCUAUUGGAAUGUGGAAUAGCGGCGGGAUACGUGAGCCAAUUGAAAUAGGUGACAUAUUAGUGUCAAACGUCCUGAGAACUAUCCCGUUCGAAAAUACGGUUGACAUUGUCAAAAUUAACGGUAGUACCUUGUGGGCAGUCAUGGAACAUUCCGUUUCCUUACAAGAGAGUAAUACGGGUCGCUUCCUGCAAGUCUCGGGUCUUCGGGUUGUGUAUGACCUGUCUAAGCCAGUAGGCAGGCGAGUGGUCAGCAUUGACGUCAGGUGCGCUGACUGUACAGUCCCCGAGUUCCAGCCCCUCGUUAAGACAAAAUCAUACGAUGUGGUCACCAACACCUAUUUACUAGAGGGAGGGGAUGGUUUUUCUAUUUUCAAGGACAACAUUUUGUACCGAUAUGGGAUAGAGGACUUGGAUGCAGAUGUUGUGAUGUCCUACAUCACACAGUACUCACCGAUAAUUCACGGGUUAGAAGGUAGAAUUCGCUAUGUCAGCGACAUCAGGUGCAAUUUUAAGAAAACACCGCCGAGGAGACCUGUAAAUGUACCAACACCGCCAGCACCGUAA